AGACCAUAGUGCUCCUCCUCCAACCAUACACACACAUACACACACACACACUCUCAGGGUGCCCCAUCCCUCCUAUAUUUUCCCUAACUGCCUUGAGAUUUUAAAGCACGAGACAAAGAAACCCAGUAUCAUUUACAGAAGAAGAACAGAGCAGGACCUGUAUUCGUGAACAUUCCAGAGAUGAAGAGGAACGCAGUGGUGUCAGGUGUAGGACUGCUCCUGCUCUUUAGUCUGAUCGGAGUGGGACACUCGUGUGUGGAUCCUGAAUCAGCCUACAGAUUUACCGGCAUUGUGUGUAGGCUCACAUACCCUGCUGCUGUCGUCUUAAAUGAAAAAACCACAGAAGUAAUCCAGGCUGCAUUCCAGCAUGCCAAAUAUCCCAGUAUUCAGGGGGAGAAGUCAAUGUUAUUCAUGGGCAAACUGAAUUACGGAUUACACAAUCUGGAGAUCCACAAUCUGACAAUUGGGAAUAGUGAAUUUGAGCUGCGGGAGAAUGAAGGCAUUGGCAUCACUAUCUCCAAUGUAUCUGUUGUUUUUAAGGGAACCAUUACAUAUGGAUACGGGAGCACUCUCUUCUCAGUAGGCCAGUCACUUGAUUUUGAAGUUGAGUCCCAAAUUGAUUUAGUCAUCAAUUCUAAGCUAUAUUGUGGGAAAGGCAGAGUAGCUGCAGACACUUCUGACUGCUACCUCACCUUCCACAAGCUGCAACUCCUACUGCAAGGUGACCGAGAACCUAACUGGCUGAAGAAAGUGUUCACUAAUUUCAUCACUAUCACAGUAAAGCUGGUUGUAAAGGGGCAAAUCUGUAAGGAAAUCAACAAGGUGGCAAAUAUCCUGGCAGAUUUUAUUCAGGAUACAGCAGAGCAGUUUUUGAGUGAUGGAAGCAUCUCUGUGGAUGUCGGAAUAACCUCUUCCCCUGUUAUCACUUCUAAUUUCAUAGAGUCAUACCACAAGGGUCUGGUGACCUAUAAUAGCACCUCAGAGAUCAAAGACUCUGUGUUUAAACCAGAUCAGAUUUCAGAGAACCGCAGCCUGUACUUUUGGCUCUCUGAUGAUACCCUUGACCCUCUAAUGACGGCAGCAUACUACGAUGGACGAUUCUUCAAAAACAUCUCCAGAACAGAGCUCACUGACAUGUUCCAGAUUCAGCUAGCCACAGACAGACCUAAUUUAGUGAACAAGUGGCUAUUCUCCAAGGAACCGUUGUUAAGAGCAUGGAGUGCAUCAGUGCCUCGUUUCUGGACAACGCCGCAAGGCUCAUUUGUCAGAGCGGUGGCUGCAGUGGAGCUCUCUUCUGCAAAGCAGGACAGCCCUGCACUUUACUUUGAGACGGAGGUGGAAGUCUGUGUGAGAGCCUCUUAUGCUGAAAAGAAAGUCAUCCUGAAGGCCACACCAGUGCAUAUAUCUACAUCAAACAUUUCCAGCUCAGAUGUUUCAGAGAUGGAGACGAGAUUAAGUGAUUAUCUUCAGGAGGCUGUUGAGAAGAUUGGGAUCCCCAAAGUCAUAUCCUACCUAGAGGCAGCAAUAACAGCCUUGAUGGACCAGCAGGGGCUCAAUCUGUUUGACAUCAUCAAUCCUGAAGUAAUACCUUAUAAUGUUACUUUAAGGAGAUCAACUCCAUACUAUCUCAUUUUAUCUGGAAUGAUAAAUGCCCCAGAAUCAAACUUACCACAUUACAACAUCCUAUACGCGCAGGAGGACUGGCUGUACCAAAUUUUGAAUUGUAUUACUGGUCAUUUCAACUUAAGGCUCUUCAUAAUAGGGUUGAUCCUCAAUCUAAAGUUUCAUGGAGACUGAUUGAAGCUGACAAGGUUAAACCAAAUAGACUCCAAGAUAUUUUAUUUACUGGCACAGGAAAAAAGGUGAUAAUUAUAAAUUUGGUCCGGUUGUGGAUAAUUCUGUUAAAAUCUGGAAAACGGUUGAACAUCUGAUAGGAGGACCCUUCAAAUUUUGUAACAGUACACCUUUAUGGCACAAUUUUAAUUUUUAUGCAGAAAUCAUCCAUUUGUCCAGCCCUCUUGGUCUUCUUUAGGCAUAAACACGUGCGGUGAUAUAUAUGAUAACCAGGGCCUCUGUUCAUUUCAGACAUUAAGAACUAAGUUUUGUUUACCAGCAUCCGCAUUUUUUGUCUUUUUUUCAAUUAUGUUCUGCUCUCAAAGCGUAUGGAGUUCCUUGGGCAUCUCCCAUUUCCUUUUAUCCUAUGCGGGUUGGAUUGCACCAUCUUCUGGUCGGCCAUCUGUUUCCUUAAUAUAUAAUAUAAUUAUUGAUUGCAUUACAAAACCUCUUCUAUCAAAUCUAUCUGCAGUCGGGAAUUAUCUGACCUUAAUUUAUCUGUUGACUGGGAGAAAGUGUGGUCUAACCUCAGCUUAACUUCUAAUAACUUGGCUCAUCGUCUUAUUCACUUCAAAGUCAUUCAUGGAGCAUACAUAACUCCUUACAAAAGAUUCAAAAUGAAAUUACAACCAAAUUUUAACUGCCAUAUAUGUAAUACUGCAUCAUCAGGUACUUUUCUUCAUAUGUUUUGGGAGUGUCCUAUCGUCAUUAAGCUAUGGACACAUGUAAACCUGGUUUUAUCCUCCUUACUACAAAUUGAUUACUUUGCUAACCCAAGUUUAUGUCUUCUUAAUGAUGAUUCUGGUCUCUGUAUAAGCUUAAUACAAAAGAGAAUAUUGUUUGCUGGUUUUACGGCUGCGAAGAAGACAAUAAUACAGAACUGGUUUACACCGCACAUGUGUGGAAAAACAUAAUGGAUCCAUAGCCUCCUGAAAAUAGUGACUUGUGAAUGUACAACAGCACGAAUUAAUAAGGCCAAACCUAGUACUAUUGAUGCUUGGCAAUGUUUUUCGAUCAAUGAUUUUAUUUUAUUUAUUUUCUUUUUUCCCUCCCUUUCUCUCUCCUUUUUGACUGGACUCUUUAAAUUAUUGAUUAUAUGUCUGUUGUUUUUUUUUGUUUUGUUAUGCUUUGCUUUGAAUGGAUGUCAUGAUGUUAUGUUAUAUGUAAAAGACAAUAAAAAGUUGAUCACAAAAAAAAAAAAAAUUGGGAACCGCAACAAGCACUAAUAGAAGUCCAUUGGGGCAGGAAUCACACUGCCCCAUGCUCAGGGAAGACCUGCGGUCUGAAUAGUUAAAGGGGCUGCCAGAUUGUGCUAGUUUAAAAAUACUCCGUGGCCAACAAGAUCUUGGUUUAUAGCAAACAUUUGGAAAUGAAUCUAAUGAAGACAGUAUAUAUGAUGAACCAAAUAAAUUAGAUAUAUGCAAAAAUUGGGAGAAGGAAACGGGGACUAUGGAGUGGAUUAUGUCUGUACAUUGGAAAUGUGGGUGCACCACAAUCACCUUGUUUCCCAUAUAACGACUGAGUUAUAAGAACCACACCGGCUGUAGUGAAGACAGUUGAACAAAGGUACAUCUAAAACUUCUCGAAACGAGCUGCUAGACUGUAUGUUGUCGAGUCUCAACUGGCUAUUAUGGGGUUACAUUAAAAAUUCACUAGAUAGUAGCCUAUAGCAUAAGCCAAGUGUGAUGUCCUCUCAAUUUAAUUUUGUUUGAGGCUAUGUCAUUGUUAAAGUCAUCCUUCCCCUCCAAAAUCAUCAGGAGCUGCUGGUGCUCACAAUACAUG